AUGAUUUUGUUGCUGUUCGUUUCAUGCGUUUUUCUCGUCCUUUUGCGGUUGACGUUCACAAUUUUCCUGCGGUUCAGCCCCGAAAAAUUGAAAUGCGUAGACGGGGUGGCAGUGGUGAUCGGUUCGGGGGGCCACACGGCCGAGAUGCUGCGGAUGCUGAGCCGGCUCGACCCUGCCAAGUUCCGUCGCCGGGUGUACCUGAUCGCAGACUCGGACACUUCAAGUCCGGCCAAAGUCCUGGCGUUCGAAAGCGGCCGAGAGGACUUUCAAAUCCAACUGGUGCCCCGGAUGCGGGUGCCCCUCCAGUCGUGGACUUCGGCGCUCUUGAGAGCUCCUCGCGCCUUUGCUGUCUGUCUGAAGGUGGUCUUGGAUGCUCGUCCGAAACUGGUGCUUUGCAACGGGCCGGGCACGUGCGUCCCUGUGAUAGUGGCCGCAAUUCUGUUGGAAGCUCUGCUCUUUCGGAAGACGCAAAUCGUUUUCAUCGAGUCCAUCUGCCGAGUGCAGACGCUGUCCCUGAGCGGCCGGCUGCUCUACUACCUGUUGUGGAGGCACCAAUUUCUGGUGCAGUGGCCGGAGCUGGUCCUCAAGUAUCCGAGGGCUACUUACAUAGGUCAGCUUGUUUAA